ACAACACCCCUCUCGGACGCACCCGGCGCGUUCGCACACUUCGCGGCAGUCGUCGGCGUUCGUGUGGUUGUUCGGUGUUUGUCAGCUCGCCGUGCCGCAGAAAACUCGCAUUUCGGAUUAGUGCUGACAGUUCCUCGACAUCUCAUCAUCAGGCUGAACCAGUUACGUAACCUUUUCAGGAGAACAAUGACGCUCAAGGCUUACAGAGCUGGAAUGGAAUGCCCGCCCUUGGUGGCCGGGAAACUUCGAAUCUACAGCAUGCGGUUCUGCCCGUUCUGCCACAGAUCUCUUCUUGUACUCCAGGCGAAAAAUAUUCCGCAUGAAAUCAUUAACCUAGACUUGAAGAACAAGCCGGAGUGGCACUUCAAGCUAAAUCCAGCUGGGAAAGUGCCAAUUCUCCAGCAGGAUGAUAAGAUCCUGUAUGAAUCUCUGGUUGUGUCCGAGUAUUUGGAUGAGGCCUACGGCAAAACAAGGUUGAUAUCUACCGAUCCUUACAUCAAGGCUAAGGACAAGCUAUUUGUGGAAGCAGCUACAGCGGCUGUGAUGCCGAUGCUGAAGAUUCAUCAUAAUAAAGACAGUAAGGAUGAGCUCUGGGCCGAGUUUCGAGGAAAACUUAACUUGUUCGAAGAUGAACUGAAGGAACGAAAGAGCCCAUUCUUCUCAGGAAACCAGCCUGGCUUCGUUGACUACAUGAUCUGGCCAUUUUUCCCAAAGGCUUCGACUUUCAGCAUUAUUUUCCCAGAGCUGAAGUUUCCAACGUCUCGGGAAUUCCCACUUCUCGUACAGUGGAUGGAAGCCAUGAAGAAAGACGGUGCGGUCAUGGCGCUUAAACUCGAGGACCACCUGGUUGAUUAUACAAGGGGCGUCCUGGAGGGAAACACCGACUAUGACGUUGGUCUCUAAAUCUGGAAACUCCCUGCACCAACUCCCAACUGACGACAGUGCUUUUGGAAGGGUCCUGGAGACUGUUUUAUUUGUACACGGCCUUUAAAGAAUUAACGUGAAUUGAUAGCAGUGUCCUACUAAUAGGAUGUGUGCCUUUAUAAUCUUGCAUUAAUAUAACGCGGAGGUAUGCAUCUAAUUCUGACACCUUUGUGCAAACUUCGGCUUUUUUGUAUUGAUCCGAGCGCAGCGAAGAGCUCGUUUUUCUAUAUAAAAUAAAGUUUAUACACCCCUGCAA